GCGCAGUGAAGCCCGAAGCAACAGCUGGAUCAGCAGUCCGCCUGUCCCUCCGAGCAGCGCCGCAGUUCACUGGGAUGUUACCAUAGGACUCAUCACAUUCAGUCUAGUAGUAAAACAUUCAUGAUGCCUUCGCUGUCAGGGGUUGGAUGGACUGUUUUCUGUCUCCUUCUUUUCUGGAAGAGAACGGCAGCUCCAAGUAUGGAGAUGCGAUGCUCUGUGGCUGGUCCAGCGGGGUCGUUACACCCUGUUCAGGGUCUGCUGGAGAGGUUUGAGGCUGGUCCGGGUUGUGCUGCUAGAGAACAUGGAAACAAGGAAACUCAUGUCAUUGCAGUGGGGAGAGUUACAAACAGCCCCGAAAACAAGGUGACAGUGUUGCUGAAGCCUUUGUCUCUGUCCCCUUCACCUCUAAGAGCCCUUCACCUGCUGCUUAGCUCCAAGCUCCCUGUCACCUGGUGGCUGGAGGGUGAGAGACUGCCCCCUAACCUCCCAGUGCUGGUGCAGGUAUCCUCAAACUCUAGCGUACAGUCCAGCACCCUGCGUUUCCAUGUCCAAACUGUUCAUUCGCUACCUUUUCAUUCACGUGCGCUGCACCGCUGGGCUCUGAGACAUCAUGGCAACCUGUCCUCUCUGACACACACAACACACGGAAAUCGAGUGUAUGUCGCAUUGGGAGAGGAUGCAACCCUGCCUGCUGUGUGCCAGCUGCAGUCCAUGUUCCUCUCUCACAACUACAUAACCUCCGACCUGCAGCCACAGAAAGUGCUGGGCUGCGCUGACGAGCCAGCAGGUAGGAUCAGCCCCGAAGUCCACGUGAUCAGGCUCCAUUCAGCAGGCUCAGGUCUCUGCGGCUCUCUCCAGGUGGAGGUGAUUGUCUCUCUUGUGCCCCUGGUGGCCAACUCAAAGACUCAGAAGGUUGUACUGAUUCUCAGUAGCUCUGUGCCAGUCAACUGGGCCAUUGUUGCUCAUGGUGUCCGGGGUCAUGUCUCUGUUCAUUCCUCCAACAGUGUAUCCCCACCUUACCCUCCUGAGCCUGACCUAACCGUGUCCAGUACUCUUAACUCUGACUUGUCCACCAUAUCUGACCUUCUUGUGUGGGCCAGUGAGAGCGGCUACACCAAGGUGACCUCAUACACUGAGGCUGACCUGGCCAAUCGCUUUGUGAUCCGGCUGGCUGGGGGCGGGACAGACGUGGUUGCAGUGAUGAAUCCUCUGGUUGUGAGGCCUUCCUGGGCUGAGGAGCGCAGGAUGAGGCAGUGGCUGAAUGGUGGAGGCAAAGCAGGAGGAGGCCAAGAGAGCUUCACAGUGCAGUGUGAUGACGGCCGUCUCAGCGUGACUGUGGACCAACACAUGCUCCAGAGCUUGUCUGUCCCAGUGGCUGCCGUGACUCUACGAGACUCGAAGUGCCAGGCUCAGUCCAACGGGAGCCAUUUCCUGUUGGUGUUCCCAGUCAUUUCCUGUGGGACUGAGGGUCUGCUCCUGGGACAGCCCAGAGGGGUGCAGUACAAAAAUAUGGUGUUAUUGUGGAGAGACAAGCCUCAGACCAUUCUGGCACUCAAUGAGACAGAAAACAAGUCCAAAAUUCCCCUCGGCAUACAUUUCAGCUGUCUGUCUGCAGUCCCCACCCUCCCUGGUCCUCAGGCAGGGCUGGUCCCCUGGGCACCCAAGGGUCCAGGGCCUGAUCCAGGGCUGAGCCACCUACCGACACCCAGACAAAGAUCUGGGCCUGUUCUUGUUUUAAAGCUUUUUGUCACUGAGAGCUAUAGGCUGGACAGGAUUGGCCCCUGUGUCAUCACUGCACACAACCGUGUCUAUGUUGAGAUUUCAGGCGAAGGGCCCUUCACAGAUGUUGUGGAGGUACAGUCAUGUGUGGUUUCUCCUCUGUCAGACCCCAAAAAGUCCUGGACUGGACGUUUCUGGACAGUCAUAAGCGAUGGCUGUUCCACAGACCCCUCACUGACCCUUAGUGCAAAGGCAAAAGUUCAAGAGGAAGAAGAUGAUGGUGAACUGGAAGAGGAAAAGGAAGCGACAGAUGGACUGGAAAAAGGCAUAACGUAUGACAGAGAUGGAGAUGUCUCAGUCCCACACAAAGUUGAAAGAAGAGCAGGAGAAGCAAAAGCAAGGAUAGAAAUGAGUAACACAAGUAUGGGAGCAAAGGAGAUACAGCCCUUAAGAUUUAGCUUCAUCCUACGGCCAGUUAAUAAUAACUCCAUUCAGUUCCUCCACUGCAGCCUUCGCCUGUGUGUCUCUGACUCAACAAGAGGGGAGCCCAUUAAGGAAACAGCAAAAAGUGACUGUCAGGGUGGGCUACGUAUCCCUCCACUCAUAUCUAGAUCAUCCAGAAAUCAGUGUGAGAUCAGAAACCUCUCCAGGCCCAUGGUGAUCACACAGCAUAUUAGCUCAUUGGCACCCAAACCGCUGGGGCCCCCUGCUGGCCAAAGGAGUAUCUCCCAAUUGCCCAGUCCAGAUCCAGAACAAGGCAGCUCUGUGGUGCAGACAGGACCAGUGAUGGGAAUUGUCUUUGUUGCCUUUGUGAUGGGUGUCGGUCUGAUGGGGGGGCUAUGGUGCAUCUAUAAUUAUACAGCGGUGCGGCCAGCAUCACUUGGAGGAGAAGGUCAUUUAACAGACCAGACAAAUGGAGUUCACAACAUCUUGAGUCCACCUUCACCAUCUGAUCACUACUCUAGCUCCGUGUUGAGGAUUUCCUCCGGCAAAUCAGAGAAAGAAGAACUGGAACAGAGGUUGUAACAACAUGUGUGUGUGUGUGUUUGUUUGUGUGUUAGCACAGCUGCCUAUUCGUGUGCAGAGCCAUGUUUGUGCAAUUCUCCUCCAGUUUCGUUCAUUACUGUGCCGCAGAAAUGCAAGAGGACUGAAACCAUUUGAACACAGUACUGCUCAUCCCAGCGUUACAAAAAGUCAGAUGUUUGAUUCAAAGUGAAACAUUGUUUGUUUGUUUGAUGCUGCAAGCCAUUCUAUAUCAAGUAAUUUCAAAACUGGCAGCCAAGUCACAUGACAGAGGCCUUUAUAUGGAUUCAACAGGAUCCAGACUUGGUUGGCGUGACUCAAACAGAAACCACAUCAUCAUUGCCUUUAGAGACAAAACAAAAGGCCAGAGAUGAAUUGAGAGGUUAUGCUCGACGAGUCAGUGUUUUACACUAUUUGUCUAACUGUGAAUCAGCUGGAUAACAAAACAGCAUUAAUCUGUAUGUGAAUUUGUUUAUGUGGCAAAUAAGAUGUAUUAAAUGA